AACCACUUUGAAUCCGACGCGAAUGGAAGGAACUUGCGAGCGCGUUGAGCUCCUGGAGACUCGACCGGGGCCGAAGGAAGGGCUUUGGUUCCUGCCACAACCUUCGCAUAUUUGCUUCUCGUCGUCUUGAUUUAAACCCACUCAGAGCUUUCUAACAGAGCAGACGGGACUCCCCGCUCGCCAGCACACCCAAACGUGACACUAGCCGACAUCCCCGCGCACGCUGACUUCGGACAACGCCAUGGAUUCCGACGUGCCGGAUUCGACCGACUGGCUCGGCACCCCUCUCGCCGGCCUGAUGCAGGUCGAGCAGGCUUUCAGGUGCCACGUUUGCAAGGACCUUUACGAUUCGCCCAUGAUCACCUCUUGCUCCCACACCUUCUGCUCCCUGUGCAUCCGGCGCUCGCUUAGCGUCGACGGCAAGUGCCCGCUCUGCCGGGCAAACGACCAAGAGAACAAGCUGCGGGGAAACUGGGCUCUUCGCGAGGCCGUCGAUGCCUUCACCAAGACCAGGGCUGCCCUGCUCCAAGUCGCCCGCGCCCCGCCACCCGCUCCUGCCUCGCCCAAGCGCAAGGCUGAAGACGACAUCGAGGAUGACGAAGCGGCGGACCGGAAGAAGCCUAGGAUGUCUACGAGGCGGAGCAAAACAAGGGCGGCCGAGGCCACUGCGGCGAUGAUGAGGGAGGAGGUGGACGUGAUCGAAAUCAGCGACGUGGAGAAUGCGGACUAUGUUCCAGACGACGGCUUGGUGGCUUGCCCGAUAUGCUGGACGCGCAUGAAACCGAUGCAGGUAGACAAGCACAUCGACACGUCUUGUCCGGGGGUUCCGCCAGAAAACCCGACGUCCACCAAAGCUCCAGCCGCGGCCCCAAGUAGCAGCAGUAGAAGCUCGGCUCCGUUUGGCGCAGCAGCAACACAGCAGCUUGCAAAACCGCCACCCGAACGCCUCCCUUUUCUUAACUAUUCGAUAUUGACCGACCAAGCGCUGCGCAAAAAGCUCUCGGCCCUCGGGGUCUCGCCCUCGGGCAACCGGCAGCUGCUCGAGCGGCGCCAUAAGGAGUGGGUGACGCUGUGGAACGCCAACUGCGACUCACUGCGGCCAAAAAGGAAAGGAGAGCUGCUGCAGGACCUGGCAGUGUGGGAGCGGACCAUCGGCGCCCCCGCACCAUCGCGCUCCUCGGCCAUGGGCGCCCAGAUCAAGGACAAGGAUUUCGACGGCGGAGCCUGGGCCAACAAGCAUGUGUCCUCAUACAAGGACCUGAUUGCCAACGCACGGCGAACCAGGUCCAAGACCAAGGAGAUAGCCUCUGCAGGCGACCAGGCCCAGGAAAGUUCAGCUUCAAAUCCCGAACCUCCAACAACCGGCGUGGAGCAGCAGCCAUCAAGUUGCGGUCAGGGAACACUGCGGGCAAUAGAUGGCGACAAGGCUGAGCAGACGAUUACAUUACCUGUACAACCACAAGGCGACUUGUAUCAUGCCGGCACCUCCCUGGAUGGUUGUGAUAGCGGGCUGGUCAUAGUUGGGGGACAGCCUCCACAAUUGAAAUCUGUACAUGAUGGGAAUAUUCAGGGUGUCUAACCGAGGCUAACUGGAAUCAUUCUCAUAAAAAACACAUUUGCUCCAAAUAGCAACCCCAAACUCCGUACCCCAUGUCACAUAGGCACAUCUCUGAACAACAAUGUCGGAAAGCAAUCCGCAAAAAAUAGAUCCGACAUAAUUAGAGACGCGAACGUCUUUGCUGGAGCCGGAAGC